AUGGAAUUUGAAAAGGAAUAUAUUUAUCUUCCAACAAGUUCUGCAAGUUCUUAUUCAUCGAGAUCAAGAAGUAUUCUGACAACUUCAUCUUCAUCGUCCAUGGCUGCACCAUCAUCAUCAUCAUCGUCAUCAUUGUCGUCGUUGGUAUCGUGUUUUAUUUGCCAAAGGGUGAUCAAAACCCCAACCAUUUCAAUUGAGGGUGCCAUCCAAAAACAAGAUUAUUGUUCAAUGAAAUGUUAUAUUUCUUCAUCUUCAUCAUCAUUGAAUCUACCAAAAGAACAUAGUCCAUGUUCCUCGGCCAACACUUCUACUUCAUCAUUGUCUUCUGUUUCCUCUUCCUCUUCAAUUGGUCUAAGUCAACAACACAUUAUGGUCUCUUCUUCUUCUUCUUCCAACUUAUCUUCGUCCCCGUCUCCUUCAAAUUAUAAUAACAAAAUUAAUAAUAAUCAAUAUAAUAAUUUAAAUAAUUCAAAUAUUAAUAAUAAUACAAAUAAUAAUAAUCAUAAUAAUAAUCAAAUUCGACAAAAUAAUUUGGAUGGAAAUAUCGUAAAUGAUAAUAAUUUAAAUAUAAAUAAUAAUAAUAACACUAUAAAUAAUACAAAUAAUAAUAAGAAUACAAAUAAUCAUCAUCUUUCAACAUUUUGGUUUAAAACGAUAAUUCCAAAGGCUAGAUGGUUAAAUCAAAAAAUAUCUACAUAA